GAAGGAUACUUUUUAUGGCGCCGUAUACUGAAUUUUGUGGUCUUAAGCUCACUUAAAUCAAAGUGUUGGACGCUAUUGAAGUGGAUAAAAUGGUUGAGUUGGACAGAUUGAAAAAAUUCAUGAUAUGUACGUUCGUCAUCGCCACGGCUUCAUUUAUUGUGAUGUUUUACUACUCAGUCACUUUUUCGAAUUAUAAGGCAUUGGGAACGAAUUAUUUAAGAGGGUUAAAGAGGAACAAUCUAAGCAAAGGCAUAUAUUUACCAGACUUGAUUCUUGGCAGUUUCCAAGAGUCGUCAAACUCAACUGGAGAAACACAACUUACAAAUUCCGGGCAACCAACUUUGAGCUCGAAUGAAGUAGAGAUCCCCAAAGAGUCAGGGCAACAGAAUACACAGGAUCUAGACAAUGCUAUCAGCAGUUUUAACCAAGUAACGAUUCGGCAUACGAAAACGGAAAAAGGACAAAGCACAUCAAAUACCACCGUAGCCAUUUUCACUCCAACUAAAGAAGCCGGUAGCAAUGAAAAUUCUGAUCAGGAAUUGAGUUUAUGUCCUGAAAAAUCACCAUCUUUAGUUGGACCUUUGUAUGUAGACCCAAAAAUUCCUAAGAUAGAAGAUGUUGAAAAGGUCAUGUCAAGUGAUUUUGAUGGCUGGGUUGACCAUGGAGGUCAUUGGAAACCAACUAAAUGUAAAGCCAGGAAGAAGCUGGCCUUAAUUAUUCCAUAUCGCAAGCGUUACGAACAGCUGAAGAUAUUUGUUAGACACAUGCACCCUAUUCUUAAACGGCAGAAUUUGGACUACAGAAUCAUGGUUGUAGAACAGGGUGGAACUACCAUUUUUAACCGUGCCUUGCUUUUUAACAUUGGCUAUAAAGAAGCUCUUAAGUUUGAUGAUUUUGAGUGCUUUAUAUUCCAUGACGUUGACUUAAUACCUGAAGAUGACCGAAAUGAUUACAGCUGUCCCACAUCACCCAGACACUUGUCAGUUGCCAUAGAUAAAUUUAAUUAUCGAUUGCCUUAUUCAACUAUUUUUGGAGGAGCUGGUGCUUUCUCCCGAGAACACUUUGAACUUGUAAAUGGAUUUUCAAACAAAUUUUGGGGAUGGGGAGGGGAAGAUGAUGAUCUCUACAACAGGAUAUCAGCCAAGCAACUGAAGUUAACUCGGCCAUCAAUGCAAGUAGGAAGAUAUAAAAUGUUGAAGAUGUUUCACACCAGUGGCAAGGCAGAUCCAGAUAGGUUUGCUAAACUAAAAGACUCUGCCCAGAGAAUGCCUACUGAUGGAAUUAAUUCUCUUCUAUAUAAAGUAGAAAAUGUAACAGAACAUCGCCUUUACACUCAGGUUACUGUAGAUGUACGAGAGGCUAUGCCACAGAAAUUACAAAAUUAACCAUCGUACAGCAAUUCAUUUGUGCAAAUCUACUAUCAGAGUUUGUAGACAUCUGAAGGUAGUCAAUCCAAAACUCUUAAAAUCUGCAUCGCUUAAAAGUUCAUUAGUCAAACCUAGUGGACGUAAACAAAUCAAAGUUUGGAUUAU